AUGAAGCACAAGAAAAACCGCGGUGAAGAUGCCAUGCCAGACUUGGCGUGUACCAGAUGCCGAGAGCGCAAGAUACGCUGCGGCCGGGAACGGCCUCAUUGUCGUAACUGCGAGAGAGAGGGCGGUGUGAUUUGCCUGUAUCGGAUUCCUGCCAAACGCGUAAAUCACCUCAAGUUAUUGUGCGGUAGCAUUGAACGACUGCAGGAUCGAUUGACGAUAAUCGAGUCUCACCUUAGUCGACUCCAAGGUCUUGGCCCCCGGACUCCGGGGUUCGAAGAGGACCACGAAUCAUCACAACCAAGAACCUUGCUAGAGGGUGUAUCUGCAACAAGUAGUUGCGUUGAUAUUGACGAUGAAGAGGAGCACAAGCAGGAGGUUUCCGGGAUACUUGCCCCUAAACAGUCAAAAUAUUACUUUGGACGCUCAUGCGUUGCUGCUCUGUGCGAAAACCUCAAGGUAAGGGUUCAGUCGGUACCCCACGCAACAGGGCCUAUAUGGCGACCGCUCUGCGAAAUGUUGCAGCAUUUCUGCGAGAUCACAAAAGUAUCCGAACCUAUCCCAUUGUACAGUGACCGGCUCGUCGUUCCACUGCUGCCUAGGCAGCAAGCUACCGCCGCCAUAGAUCGGUUCCUCCAGAACCUAGACUGCCAGACCGAUGUCUUCGUACCGGACAAUCUAAGCGCCAACCUCCAGCGCCUGCACUCGCAGCAUCAGCCGCAGCCCGAUGAUGCCGCGUGGGGCAUAUGCUUCCAGACCAUUACCCUGCUGGCCCGGGUCACAUCCCAAGCUAUGCAGGGAUUGCUUGAAAACUUUGUGCAUUCCUCUGUACCCAGCCGGGCGGUAGUGGUUUGCCCCGGCCUGCUAAAUACGCCUAGACUCAUAAACGUGCAGGCUUUGCUUCUCCUCGUAUGGUAG